AGUAGUCCCCGGGCCCCUACAGUACGUCACAACCUCUCUCACAAUCACCACCGUAGUGAACCUAAAACAUUAACUUGUGUAAUAAAACCAUCUGCCAGCAUAUUGAUACAGAGGCAGAAAGUGAUCUCGUGUGACUGACAGUGGCUGGAAAUAAUAAUACUCACGAUAUUCUAGCUGUCAAAAGUGUUGUGUGGUGGCUAGUGGAUGUGCGUGUGUGUGUGUGGUUAGUGAAGGGAAAGUGAGGCAGACUGGAUCUUUACCACUGGGGUUUACUCUUCAUCACGGAGGCAAGAAUUGGGUGUUUCAGCAGGGCGGGUGUUGCUGCGUCAGGGGGUGAGGGUGGAGCCAUGCGUCCACCACGGAGCUCCCCCCAGCCAACCACCCAGCUGCUGCUGUUGCUGUCCCUGCUGCUGCCUGCCACAGUACUCGCCACCACCACUACUGCAGGUGUUGUGGAGCAGGACAGGUCAGCCGUGUACAAGCAACGGGUGGAGGUGAGAGUGGACGGUACCACCGCCUACAGCGCCACCGCCGUAGUGGAAGUCAGCAGGUACACCUCAGACACACUGCUAAUUCUCACCACUAGAGACCCGGACAACAACGCCACACCCCUUGUGUCAGGUCGGGGAUCAGGACGUGCUGUGGUGGUGAAGAGUGUGAGAGGCCACCUUACUUCCCUACUACACCAUGUUGAGGAAACACCCGCCUCCCUUAACUACAAGAGGUCGCUCGCCUCCCUCCUCACCCCCGCCCACCACACCGCCUCACUCGCCUACCACACACAGGCCGAUGUGUUGGGGACGUGUGAGGUGCGGUAUGAGCGUCAGGGGUCAACCACCAUCACCGAACGUGACCUGACCCGCUGCUCCCACUUCACCCUGGAGAGAGUCCUCGGUGGCCAUCACCUGCCCCUCCUUCACCUGAGUGUGGACCUGGUGGGCAGCACCUCACGCUGCCAGUACCGGUGGCGGGGCGCAGCCGGGGGCGUGCUAGAGGGCGUCCAGUGCACAGAGACGUUACUGGUGGCCCCUCGGUACUCCCGAGCGUCAGACCUCCUCAACAUCACCAUCACCUCAUCCCUCACACACACCGCCACCGCCCACUUCAACCCCGCUGCCUAUGAGUACUUGGAGGAGGCGACCGAGACAACAGACGUGACCUACCAACCAGUGCCGUACGAGACUGAAGGAGACGACAAGGACGUGUCGGAGCUGCUGAAGGAAGUAUGCUCGACGGAGGGUGAAGGACGUCUCACGGGCGGUUUACUACAGAAGAUGUCGCAGCUGAUGCACACGGUGGCUCGCUCCUCCACGCUAGACCUGCCCCACUUCACCACCUCCUGCCCCGCCAACCUCAGGAAGAUGGUGGCGGUGGCGUGGGCCGUGGUGGGAGGUCCUCGCACUUUACACUUCUUCUUCGCCCAGCUGGCUGAACUGGCACGAGACCCCGAGGACCCCAUGAGGCUAGGGGACGACUUCCUUUUCACCCUGGCGUUGAGGAGUCUAGUGGACCCCGGCCACCAUGCCCGACACAACCUUCCUCACGACUUCUUCCUUCGUCGGGAGAACCAGAUGGUGUAUGAGGAGCUGGUGGACUACUUGUUACAACAGACGCCCCCACCGGUGUCAGGAGUGGCGGCGCUGCUGGAGGGGCUGAAGCAGGUGUCGCCGCAGUUGUAUGAGCGACUUCUGCGCAAGUGUGGUCCCUACCUCUCCCCCGAGGCCGCCUGCGACCGAGGGGACCACGCCGAGGCUGUGAGGUUGCUGCGGGGUGUGGCUGGGUUUACUUGUCGGCCUCAGGACUACGUGGUCAGGUCCUGCUUCGCCAACGAUAAUGUGGAUGUAUUGGUCGCUGCCAUGGACACCCUCGCCUGCAUCGACUGUAGCGUUCAGGGCGUGACGGAACUACAGAAGCUGGGUCUGAAUAGUCCCUCGGACCCCGAGAUCCGCAUCGCUGCCUACCGGGGCCUCGUCCACUGUAUCCCCGUACAGCCCCAACUACUGAACACCGUCGCCAAGGCUCUCAACUCUGAAGAUGUCGACUAUUCUCCUCAAGUUGCGUCGUAUGUGUGGAGUCACGUGCAGUCCGUGUUGUCAUCAGACGACCCCACCCUGAUGAACCUGCGUGACUUGCUGACCACCGCCGACAUUUCUCAGGUGCCGGACCCGGUGUGGUAUGACCCAAGACAACACUCACGACACAUGGCCCGCACGGUGCACCUGGACGCCCGCACAGCCCUCACCCUGGCCGGGGACUUAGUGUGGGGCAGGUACUCCCCCGCACCCAGGGCUCUCUACCUCAACCUCGCCCUCCACCACGACGGACACACUCACCAGAUGGCGCAGGUGGUGGUGCGGGUGACGGGGCUGGAGGCGAUGUUGUUGAGUAUCCCCGGGGUGGAGCAUCUGAUGGAGGCCUCCACCGUCGCUGCCGCAAACCUCUGGUCCACCUUGACGCGCCUCGCCCGUCCCUCCCUCAGGAACAAGAGGGAGAUCUCCCACGACCAGAUCGUUGAGUUCAUCCAGCAGGUCAUGUCGAGGAUCCCUGUCGGGUACCGUAUGGGGUCGUCCAGUCUGGAGGUGUCGCUACGCCUGCUGGGGACCCACGCCCUCCACGUCCGCCUCGCCAACUUCCGCUACUCCUCCCCCUUCAGCGCCCUCGCUGACAUGCUCCAGCCGCCUCUCCAUGCUGCGUUGGCGGUCUUUGCCCCGCUCUUGGACAACACCCUCACCAUGGUCACCUCCUCAGGGGUGCCAGUUGCCCUCCGCCUGACUGGCGUCGGGGGCCUCCAGACGCUGGCAAACCACAACACUCGGCAGAACGGCGGCAUCUUCAACCUCAUGGCCAGCGGCGGAAUGUGGGUGGGGGCGCGGCUGGAGGUGGGGCAGCAGCGUGACGCAGCCCUCAACUCCCAUCUCCUGUGGUCCUCAGACGUCCCCAUCAACGCCGACUACGAGUAUGAGGGUGAAGCGAUCCAGGUGAGCUUCCGUGUCCCUGAUGACUGGACGGGUCUACUGUGGCAACGACGACGUGAUACUUCCAUAGUAGACAACACUCUUCAGCUGAGAGUGACUCAAGACUGCCUGGGUUCUGGGGGACCUGUUGAGCUGUGCCUGGAAACCUGCACCAGCGAGAAUGAGGCGUUAGGAGGAUCUGUCAGAGGCCCCGACGGCUGGCUGGCUCCUUACGCCCACUCCGUCACCUUACAUUUACCUCCUGGCGAACCUAUCAUCAUUACUACCUCCAACCCUAACAUGGGCGGCGAAGCUCAGGUAACACAGAUAAUGGUGGAGGCGGGCGGUGAUAGGUUCGACGCCAGCCUGGUCAUACAACAGCUGCCUUCCCUCUCCGUCAUCUUCACCUUCAACUCCCUCCAUCACUCGUACUACUUCAAAGGGUUUGCUGGGUCCCGGGAGAGAAUUACCCAGAUGGCGGGACUGGAGGUGGGUCUUGAUCGAUCCCGCUAUGGCGUCCGUCUCCAGUUAUCCACACCACAUUUGGAGCGUCAGAGAGUAUGGAGUCCCUCUGCCUUCAUCACCACCCCAGAAGGAGGCGAGAAGGAGGUGAUGCGGGGGUUUAUAUCGUGGAAGGAGGAGCAAGAGGACGUGUUCUCUGCUGAGUUGAGUUUAAGUACGAUGGGACCAGUGACUGACUACAUCAAUUUAAGGAUUGCAAGCGAGGUGGGGGUAACCAUCAGCCUCGAGGACGGGUCACUCAUGAUGGUAGAGGUGAGGUCGCUGACGGUCGCCUGGCCUGGCACCUUCCGUGUGGACACCAGCGGGCGGCUCUUCCUGACACUAUCACCCCACGGGCACGGCUUACUCAAGGUUGGAUGGGGUGAGGAUGACGGGGAGAUUGAAGUGAGUAUGGCGGUGGGUCCUGUGGUGACCUUCCUGAUAGACCAGCAACAACAGCAGCAACUAGAGGGGACUAGAGGAACCUCCUUCAAGUUCUCUAUCAGUGGCCGACACAGGGAGCAGCCCGGGGUGACGGAGGGUAGUGUCGCCCUCAUCCUGGACGCUGGUCGAGUAGAUGUGGACCUCAACUUUGUUCUUGCCGAGAAAGGAGGGUUCAGUUUCUCGCACACCUACAGUGGUCCCGGGGAUAUCAAGACGUCUGCCAGAGUGGCGUACGAGCCGCUGGAUGUGUGGUGGGGCUGUGAGCACGAGCUCUUAGUGAGGGAGGAUCAGCUACGACACUGGCUGAACGUCUCGUGGUCUAACAACCCCCUCGACAAGGUCUCCUCCCUCGUCCAGGUCGCCAGCCACUCCUACACUCACCUCGACGUGUUACUCAGGGUUCUGGUGAUGUGGCCAGGUCAGGUGGUGGAGGUGCAGGAGACGCUGGCGAAGGCGCUGGGGGGGAGCUACAAGAACAAGCUGAUGGUACGGCUGGAGCCCGGCAACACCUUCAACAUGGACACCAUCAUCAUCACGAGGUCAGACAACGAGAUCUUCUCUUACGGCCUCUCCAACACCUUCAAGCUUCUCACCUGGGUCAGCCCCGUCAGUGUGGUGGGGACGUUCAACUGUGUCGGGAAGGGUCAGUGCUCGGUGGUGGUGACGGCGGAGCAGGGCGGGGACGAGCUCCUUGACCUACACCUCCAACACACUGCUGCAGGCGGCGUCUCUCGGACCGAGGCCAACAUCGUCGUCACUCACUGGGUGGAUGGGUCAGUAUCAGUGGACGCGGCCCACAUGAUCGGCUACUACAACGUCAAGGGCAGGGCGGCUGUGUGGCGGUGGGGUCGUCUGGUUGAGGGCCGUGUCGAGGUGGAUGUAGCCUCAACUGACGUGGCGGCGGCGGAGGUGCUGGUGAAGGAGCUACUGGAGGAGGGCUUGCAAGGGCCUCUCACUCACGCCUACAACGGUACCCUCACACUCAACUACCAAGCUAGGACGCUUCAUGUCAGGCAGGAGGUGGUAGUGAGCAGGAGGGAGGCACCAACUGUGGGCAGGAGUGGUGCAGGGCCGUGCUGGACACACGGUCAUCAACAACAGACACUUCGUUAAGGCGACCCUCAUGACGCCCACCGGGAUGUACUACACGGCCAGCGGAGACGUCAGCUCCCAGGUGUCCGGCACCGAGUCUGUGGUGGCCGCCCUCACAUUAUCAGCCGGAGCAGGACCCGACGCCUCUUACCUCCUGUCCUGGGACUUCGACCUCCAGCAACCUCUCUCCAGUGA